GGGGGGCGGGGAGGGGAGAGUGGAGGAGGAGGGCGGAGGAGCAGGAGGAGGGAGAGGAAAAAGAGAAGGAGCCAGCCUCUGACCGCGGGAGAGAAGAAUGGGAGUAAGGGGCAAAAGAGAGCCAAGGAGGGUCACGGGUUCUAGAAAGACUGGGCGCUCUGAGACUCGCUCCUGGGGCUUCUGAAUCCCGGAGGGCUUGGCAAGAUCGCAGUGAGCUGGCGAGCCUGGGCACGGUAACUGCAGACACUGGGGCAUGGAGAGGAACAGCUCGGGCGGAGCGAAGCUGAGUGCCAGCCACCGCCUGGCAGGGGAUGGGCAGCAGCAGCCCCUGAAGUCCUGUGCCCUGGGCAGCGCAGGCGGCGGCAGUGGCGGUGGCGGCGCUGGUAGCGCCCCUCGGGGCCAGGCUGGGGCGGCGGCGGAUCUCGGGGAGCUCCUACAGAGAGCCCAGGAUUUCAAAAACCAAGGAGCGCAGUGCUACAAGGACAAGAAAUUCCGCGAAGCCAUCGGCAAAUACCACCGAGCGCUUCUGGAGCUCAAGGGGCUGCUGCCAGCCCUAGAGGAACGGGACAAGGACACCCAGGCACCUUCCACUGCCCACGGGGCCAAGCUGGGCCACCUAACUGAGGAGCAGAGCAAGACAGUGGAAGCUGUAGAGAUUGACUGUUACAACAGCCUGGCAGCCUGUCUACUCCAAGCUGAACUGGUGAAUUACGAGCGAGUCAAGGAGUAUUGUCUCAAAGUUCUGAAGAAAGAAGGGGAAAAUUUCAAAGCUCUCUACCGGUCAGGAGUGGCUUUCUACCACCUGGGGGACUAUGACAAGGCCCUCUACUACCUGAAAGAAGCGAGGUCCCGGCAACCAACAGAUACCAAUGUGAUACGGUAUAUCCAACUGACAGAGAUGAAACUCAGCAGAUGUUCCCAGAGAGAGAAAGAAGCCUUGUAACCAGGAAGCUUCCUUCAGAGAUGGACCCAUGGUGGACAUUGUGCUUCCAGGGGCCCAGCAGGUGGAUUUCCCCUUCCUGGGUUUGGUCCCUUUCCUGCACCUCUCCUAUCUUCCUUCAAAAGCCCCCUUAAACUCUUUGUCUACUCCCAAUAUGAAGAGAAAGAGAGAGAGAGCAAGAGAAGCCAGCUUAGAAUGUGGCCAGGUGCCAGAAAAUGGUCAAAGCCUUGCUCCCUUUGUUGAGAAGAAGCCUGAAGAGGAGAUUUGUGUCAGAGUUGGAAAAGGUUUAGCUGGUGAUUUCCGCUACCUGGAUCAUACCUGGAAGGCAAUUCAUCUGAAAGGCAACCUAGAGUCUGUAAGCUUUUCCCUUCUAAUUGCCUCCCUGAUGGACUAAGCCAGCCCUAACAGACACAUCUGAAAGAUGGGCACAGAAAGAGCUGGAGACCCCAAGCCCCUCCUAGAGGGAUGUAGAUGUGUAUACCAAUUUCCCUCCCCCUCCCACACUCCCAUUCUUGGCUCCUGUUGUAUUCUGUGUGCCCCAAAUCCCCAGUCUCCCUUUGGGGUUCUAGGACUCUGUUACAAGCUCAUCUGCCACUGAAGCCCCCACUAAAUGCCUUCUCAGUGAACUUACAUCCCCUUCCCACAUAGUGACUUUGAUGGCAGAAAGGAGCAGAUAUGGGAAAGUUAGGGCGAUGGCAAGAGUGAGGGAAGGGGGACAGUGAUACAAAAGCUGAGAAAAGCUUUGUAUAAGUCAGGGGAUAAAACUAUGGACUAAUUAAAUGCAAAUAAAAAUAAAUUAACAGGUAAUAAUAACCUGUCAUUUCUUUUUGAAAUAGCCCCCCCUAACCAUUUUUCCCACCCCUCACCCCUCACACCAAGUCAAGGAUGUACUCACAUAGCAUUGGAUGACCUUCAGAGCAGCUGACCAUUCGCUUAGUGCCCUGUGGAGUUGCUUAUACUCUGUACCAUGUGUCCUCUGCGGAUGUGUCUACCCCCAGCAUGUGUAGUCCCAAAUCAAUCCAACAAGCAUUUAUAUAAAGCACCUACUAUGUUCUAGGACUGUUUUAGGUGCUGGGGACACAAAGACAAAAUACAAUUAGUCCCUGCCUCAAGGAGUGCACAUUCUUCUCUUCCUUAACCUCAGUAUAACCUAGUCAAGGUUGGGUGGCAAGACAUCAGUUGAGCCAUGAGUCCAUUUUUGGAUAGCUAUAAUUGUCAGGAAGUUUUCGCUUAUUUUGAGAUGAAAUCUGUCUCCUUCCUACUUCUGCCCAUGGGGCCUUGAUCUUGGGCCAAACAAAGCAAAUUGAAUCUAUCUCUCACAUGAUAAUCCCUCUACUUCCACCACUAAGUUUUGUCUUCUCUAGGCUAAAUAUCCCCUGGCAGGGUUUCUAAGUACCCUCACCAUACUGGUUGCCCUCCUCAAGGCAUUUUACAUUUUGACCCUGCUUUCCUUAAAAUAGGGUAUUCAGAGCUGGGCUCACUAUUCCAGAUGCGUUCUGAACAGGACUGAGUACAACGAUGUUCUCCCUUCCUACACCUGGACAUCACGCCCUAGGAUUAUGGUAGCUUUUCCGGCAGCCAAAGCACACUGCUGACUUCUAUGAUACUUGUAAUCUACUAAAAACUACUGGGUCUUUGUUACAUGAAUUGCUUUCUAGGAUUAUCUUCCUCACCUUGUAUUGUGCAGUUGGUUUUUCUGAGCCCAAUGUCAGAACGUUAUGCCUACCCUUAUUAAAUUUCAUCUUAGUGUCAACCAAACAUUCCAACCUGCUGAAAUCUCUUUGGAUCCCACAUCUCAGAUUCCAUUAUAUUAUUGAUCCCGUCCAGCUCAAGGACAACCAUUUCAUAAAACCUGCUUAUAUAAUCGACACUGGUAUUAGUUCUGUCUUCCCAAAUCAUCCUUACAGCCCACUGGUUCUCAAAUGUUUUGGUCUCAGGACACCUUUACCUUGUUAAAAAUUAUUGAAGACCCCAAAGAGCUUUUAUUGAUGUGGUUUGUAGCUAUCAUUACUUACUGUAUUAGAAUAGUAAAAAUAAAUA